CUGGCACCAAAGCAGCAUCAGCACCUCCUCUGGCUCCCUCUGCUUGCAAAGAGGAGGCCAAAGAGGAGGAAGAGAGCAGUGAACUUCCCGCUGUUCUGGGAGACGAGGGCGAACACCCCGCGGUUUGGGAAUACAACGGCGAGGCUCCCGCGGUGUGUGACAAGGACAGUGGACAUCUCCCGGUGGGGGACGAGGACGGUGGAUGUCCCCUGGUGUGGGAUGAGCAUGGCCAAGCUCCCAUGGCAUGUGACGAGGAUGACGGCAAUCUCCCAGUGUGGGAUGAGGACAGAGGACAUCCUGUGUCUUGGGAAGAGGAGGGUGAACCAGCAGCAUUUUGGGAAGAGGACAGAGAACCUUCAGCAUUUUGGAAAGAGGACAAGGAACCUGUAGUGCUUUGGGAAGAGGAGAGGGAACCUGCACUGCUUUGGGAAGAGGACGAGGAACCUCCCUCUGCUCCUGAAGAGGACACUGAAGCUCCCUGUGCUGCAGGAUCCUGGGCUGAACAUUCUGACAGCAGCACAGCCCUGCAGCCAGAGGGGAGCGGGGAGUGGAGCCUGAUGCAGCUGAGGAACACCAUGAGCGUGGGGGAGCCUGCCGAGAAAUACCUGGAACUGGAGCAGAUUGGCCAAGGGGCUUUUGGAACCGUUUCCAAAGGACUCGACAGGGCCACGGGAGGAGAGGUGGCCAUCAAGAAAAUGAGUCUCAGAGGGCACAACAGAGAACGAGCUGUGGAUGAGGUCGUGGUCCUGAAGGACAAGAAGAACCCCAACAUUGUCAACUCUCUGGACAGCUUCCUUGUUGAUGGAGAUCUCUGGCUGGUGAUGGAAUACAUGGAUGGAGGAACUUUGCAGGACGUUGUCAGACAGACAUGCAUGGCUGAAGGAGAGAUGGCAGCUGUCAGUCGGUGGUGAGGUAUGGAUGCUAGCUUUGGAACAGGCUGCAGGGAGCUGCAGAAACUGCAGGCCCAUGGCCUCUCAGUCCUGCUUGAGAAGCUAGCCUGAGAAAAUUCAUAGGAGGAUUUAAAAACAAUCCUCAGGGACACAAAACAGCCUUGCAGGUGUUGUUUUCCAUUCCUUAUCUUCCUUGCAGGAG